AUGCGCCCCCGACUUCAUUCGAGGAAGUGGUGGGGCAAGUAGAUUCUAAAGCGACAGAGUUUGUUGUUGACUUCUUUCCAGAGGAUAAACACCUCACCUUUCUUACAAAAUGUCGGAUUUUGACAACAACCCGUUCGCAGAGCCCAGCAGCAUUAACCCGUUCAAUGAUCCGUCGGUCACUCAGGUGACAAACUCCAACAUUGAAACAGUUGAAGAGUACAACCCUUUUCCCCAGACCACGGAUUUUGCUGCCACUCGCACCACGCCAGCCUCCAGCUCUCUCUACCAGCCGGCCGUGUUGCAGCCUUCGACAGAACCCAGCCCACAGGCAACUACUGCCGCAGCUCAGGCCACCCUGCUGAAGCAGCAGGAGGAGCUGGAGAGGAAAGCUGCUGAACUGGACCGCAGGGAGCAGGAGCUGCAGAGCCGAGGCCCCACAGCAGGUAAGGAGAACAACUGGCCUCCGCUUCCCAAGUUCUUCCCCAUCAAACCGUGUUUCUAUCAGGACUUCUCAGAGGAAAUUCCUACAGAGUACCAGAGAGUCUGCAAAAUGAUGUACUACCUCUGGAUGUUCUACUGUGUGACUCUGUUCCUCAACCUGCUGGCGUGCCUGGCUGAAUUCAUUGGCAGCUCAGCGCACGGCGUUGACUUCGGCCUCUCCAUUCUCUGGCUCAUCCUGUUUACCCCCUGCUCCUUCCUCUGCUGGUACCGGCCAGUCUACAAGGCCUUUAAGAAUGACAGCUCCUUCAACUUCUUCUUCUUCUUCUUUGUGUUUUUCGUCCAAGUGGUACUUGUCAUCAUCCAGGCUGUGGGCAUCCCCUACUGGGGUAACAGUGGUUGGAUCUCGGCCUUCUCUGUUAUCCACGACAAACCAGCGGUGGGAGCCAUCAUGAUGGUGGUGGCCUGCCUCUUCACCGUUUGUGCCGUGAUGUCGGUCGUCCUGCUGAAGAUGGUCCACGGCUUGUACCGCCGCACCGGGGCCAGUUUCCAGAAAGCCCAGCAGGAGUUCUCCCAGGGCGUGGUCACCAGUCGGGGCUUCCAGACGGCAGCUUCUGGAGCGGUUUCAGCUGCAGCCCAGGGAACGUUCCAGGGAAACAACUAGAAGCAGAGCGAGCUAAAAUCAGCUCGGAAGCAUAGCGUGUUGAUCACCCCCCCCUCCCUCCUUCCCAUCACAGCUGGUGGGGGAGGGCUUCACCUUCGGGUGCCUCCAGAUCACCAGCAACAUCCAGUACUGUAUAAAAAAAAA